GCCAUGCACCGCUGGGGACCGGCCUGCUGCCUAGUGCUGUUGGUCCUGGGACUCUGCGGCACGCACUCGCGCAACGUGCUGCUGAUCGUUGGUGAGUGCCGCCGUCCCUGGCACGGCCACCUGCUGCCGCCCCCAGGAGCGGCCCUCGGCUCGUUCCCGCCACUGGCCCGUGCUGAUCCCUGCGCUCCAGUUCCUUGAGGAGCCUCCUGUUGCAGCGGAUGACGGAGGCUUUGAGAGCGGUGUAUACAACAACACUGCCAUCGCCACCCCUCACCUGGAUGCCCUGGCUCGCCACAGCCUUAUCUUCCGUAACGCCUUCACGUCCGUCAGCAGCUGUUCCCCUAGCCGUGCCAGCCUCCUCACUGGCCUGCCCCAGCAUCAGAAUGGCAUGUAUGGGCUUCACCAGGAUGUGCAUCACUUCAACUCUUUCGACAAGGUACAGAGCUUACCGUUGCUGCUCAGCCAGGCCGGAGUGCGUACAGGCAUCAUUGGGAAGAAGCACGUGGGUCCGGAGACGGUGUAUCCCUUUGACUUUGCAUUCACAGAGGAGAACAGCUCUGUGAUGCAGGUGGGGCGGAACAUCACUAGAAUUAAGCAACUGGUCCGGAAAUUUCUGCAGACUCAGGAUGACAGGCCCUUCUUCCUCUACGUGGCUUUCCAUGACCCCCACCGCUGUGGGCACUCCCAGCCCCAGUACGGAACCUUCUGUGAGAAGUUCGGCAACGGGGAGAGUGGAAUGGGGCGCAUUCCAGACUGGACACCCCAGAUUUACGACCCUCAGGAUGUGAUGGUGCCCUACUUUGUCCCAGACACACCAGCAGCCCGAGCUGACCUAGCUGCUCAGUACACCACUAUCGGGAGGAUGGACCAGGGGGUAGGACUGGUGCUCCAGGAGCUGCAAGGUGCCAGCAUGCUGAAUGACACCCUCAUCAUCUUCACAUCUGACAAUGGCAUCCCCUUCCCCAGUGGCAGGACCAACCUGUACUGGCCUGGUACAGCGGAGCCUUUGUUGGUGUCAUCCCCAGAGCACCCACAACGCUGGGGCCAGGUCAGCGAUGCCUACGUGAGCCUUUUAGACCUCACCCCCACCAUCCUGGACUGGUUCUCCAUUCCGUACCCCAGCUACGCCAUCUUUGGCUCAAAGACGGUCCAGCUCACAGGCCGAUCCCUCCUGCCGGUGCUGGAGGCAGAGCCCUUUUGGGCCACUGUCUUCAGCAGCCAGAGCCACCAUGAGGUCACCAUGUCCUACCCCAUGCGCUCCGUGUACCACCAGAACUUCCGCCUCAUUCACAACCUCAGCUUCAAGAUGCCGUUUCCCAUCGACCAAGAUUUCUAUGUUUCGCCGACCUUCCAGGACCUCCUGAACCGCACCAUGGCAAGCCAGCCCACAGGCUGGUACAAGGAUCUCCACCAUUACUACUACCGGGAACGCUGGGAACUCUACGAUGUCAGCCGGGACCCUCAAGAGACACAGAACCUGGCUGCUGACCCAGACUUGGCUCAAGUGCUGGAGAUGCUGAAAGCUCAACUUGUCAAGUGGCAGUGGGAGACACAUGACCCCUGGGUGUGUGCCCCUGAUGGGGUCCUGGAAGAAAAGCUCACGCCUCAGUGCCGACCUCUUCACAAUGAGCUCUGACAGUUCCUGGGGCACCUGCCAUCCCACCUGGACAUGAAGGGAGGGAGCAAUGAAGGCAGUGCCAGCAGCUGCACCCUCUACACACCCUAGGCUCCCUCUACCAUAUGGGAAGUCACUCCUGCCUCCUGUAGAGGACACUCAAGCAUGCACUCCCUAGUUGUUGCCAUACCAAGGACACCACUGUCCUCAUGUCUGUGUGUCCGGGAUCAGGAGUUCUAGGGGAACUUGGGCAUGACAGAACCCCAAGUUUUGAUAGGUGAGUUUGGAGAUCUGCAGAUGGAGGGGCAGGGUCUGGGGCUUGAAGCUCUCUGGUUUUGGGAACCCGUGGAUGUUUCUCUUCACCCUAAGAGGGGGCCAGACUUCUGGGUGCCACAUGAGCAGCAGGCAGACCGCACUCACUACAUCAACCAACCUUGGCCUGGAGUGAGAGUUCAGUUUCUGCCUGCAUGCCAACCCCCCAUGAGGUACACACUUAGCCAGGAUUCACGCCGGUUCUCAGAGGGGUGAGUUUGAUCCUGUGGUCCAUCUGGGCUCAGCUUGUCCUUUCUGAGGGUGACUGAGGAGGACAAGGUGGGACAGUUUUCUCUGUCUCUGUCUCUCUGUCUCUCUCUAUGUCUCUGUCUCUGUCUCUCUCUAUCUCUCUCUAUCUCUCUCUCUCUCUCUCCCUCUC